AUGACGCGCGAGGCGGGCGCAGGUGCGGCGAGAUGUAGAGGCGCGGACGACGCGCAGCAUCCCGCGAUGUUGAGUUGUAAGUCAAUCUGGCUAGUUGAGCCGUCAGUAAGUAGGUGCUCAAUCGGACGCAGUGCGGCGACGCGUGUGACACGGCGCGACGCGCGGGCACGGCCAGCGCGUCCUGAGGCUCCGACAAAAAAUAUAGAGCGCCUCGACAGUUACUUGCCUCGUAAUACUCUGGCGAUCAUAUGUGAUGAUCGCAGAAUCGAAUGCGGACGGCUUCCAAAUGCGGAGGUCGUUCCGCGAAGCACGCGGCGCUCUCUCCGCGGCGGCCACGAGCUGACCGACUGCUCCACUGCGCUGCCCGCCGCCGCCUCGCGCUCUCGUGCCGUCACACUCGUGCCUCACGUG